CCGGGCUGUCGGGUCACUCGAGGACCGGGAUUGGCCAGAUCUUAAGACUCCUGUCACGUGGUGCGCACUGUUUUCUCGUCACGUGACUGCUGCAGGCCACGCUGCUCCUGUCGUUCCUUUGGAUGCCUGCGCUGCUGCCGGUGGCUUCCCGCCUCCUGUUGCUACCCCGAGCUCUGCUGUCCAUGGCUUCUGGAGGCCCUCCGUCCCAGCCCUCUCCGGCCUCGGGCUACGUUCCAGGAUCAGUCUCUGCAGCCUUUGUCACUUGUCCCAACGAAAAAGUCGCCAAGGAGAUCGCCAGGGCAGUGGUGGAGAAGCGCCUGGCAGCCUGCGUCAACCUCAUCCCGCAGAUCACAUCCAUCUACGAAUGGAAAGGAAAGAUCGAGGAAGACAGUGAGGUGCUGAUGAUGAUUAAAACCCAAAGCUCCCUGGUUUCUGCACUGACAGAGUUUGUGCGAUCUGUUCACCCUUAUGAAGUUGCCGAGGUGAUCGCGCUGCCUGUGGAGCAGGGAAAUCCCCCGUACCUGCACUGGGUGCACCAGGUCACAGAAUCAGUGCCAGAUUCUGGCCCAGCCCUACCAUGACCAGCCCUGUUCCUGCCACAGCUCCCUCCUCCGUUUAAUGCCCCUUGGCUUCCACGUGAUGACUGAGACCCCAAUAAAUCCUCUCCAGCUCUC